AUGCCGCUCAAUAGCACUCCCGUUCCCUCCCUCGACGUCGUAUCAUGGGCCCUUGGCCGCCAGUAUGCCUACGAUCAAGACAAGCCGCUCCUCGUGGAUGCCACGGAUCGCACCCAUUCCCUUUCGGCCAAUGAGGCCCGCUCUCUAGUCCGUAGGUUGGUCUGCGGCUUGCUGGCCUUUGGUCUUCAGAAGGGCGAUGCAGUUUGCAUAGUCAGCCACAAUGAUAUUAUGUUUCCGAUCAUCGCUCUCGGCAUCAUCGGUGCCGGAGGUGCCUAUGCGGCCGCCAAUCCACAGUAUACAGCCGAGGAAUUGGCCCAUCUGUUCGGCGCUGCGAAGCCGCGCUUCGUUGUUGCAGAAAAGGCACUGUUGGACAAGGUCGCUGCUGCGAGCGAGGAAUAUGAUACCUGUAAGAUUUUUGGUUAUCAUUCCACCGAGUCCGUCCGAGAGCCUGGAUUCCUCGACUUCCAUGACUUGCUCACGUGCGGCUCGAGCGAUUGGAUCAGCUUCGACGACGAGAGGACCGCACAGCAGACCCCGGCUGGUCUCUUCCUCACCAGCGGUACAACAGGUCUACCGAAGCUAGCUGUGCGCACCCACAAGAACUUCGUCAAUGAGAGUGUGGCGCUCGACGACUCGCGCGACAAGCCCUAUGCUAUAAGACGACUAAUUUCGCUUCCGAUCUUCCAUGCAUUCGCCGCCCCACUUGCCAUUUUGGGACCGUUCUGUGGAGGGCAUCCAACGUACAUUCAGCGCAGAUUCGAGAUUAAUAGCUUUUUGGAGCUGCUUCAAGAUGCUGAGAUCACGGAGACUGUGGUCGCACCUCCCAUCAUUACAAGACAUCUCCUUGGUGAUGCUCUGACGUCUGAGAAAAAGCAGAAUUUGCAGAGUUUGAGGACCGUCAUUUGUGCUGGAGCCCCUCUCGCUGCUGCCAAACAGCUUGAAGCCAGCAAAUUAAUUGCACCCUUAGGAAGGAUCGUCCAGUGCUACGGAAUGACUGAAGGGGGUUGGAUGACGACAUUCCAGUAUCCCGAAGAAGACUACAGCGGCUCUGUGGGAAGGCCGCUUCCUAACACUGAUUUCAAGCUUAUCGACGAAAGUGGGUUUGAAGUCACACAAACUGACGCUUUGGGGGAACUCGUGGUACGCAGCCCCUCUGUUAUGCUCGAGUACUUGAACAACCCGGCUGCUACGAAAGCAACUAUCAACGAGGAUGGUUGGCUGAGGACCGGCGAUCUUGGUUGCAUUAAGAAUGGAAAGAUCUUUCUCGUUGGUCGUAUCAAGGAACUGAUCAAGGUGAAUGCCUAUCAGGUCGCGCCAGCCGAGAUCGAGGAAGUCCUUGCGUCACAUGAGGACAUUAGGGAAUCGGCAGUGUUCGGCGUCGCAGACGAUGCUGGCGAAAACGAGAUGGUACAUAUCCUGGUGGUACGCGAAAUUGGGUCAAGUCUCCAGCCAGAAGACAUCAGAGUUUUCUUGCUACAGCAUCUAGCCAAGCAGAAAGUUCAACAUGCCGUUAUCCACUUCGGUAACCAUGUUCCCCGCAAUUCGAGCGGUAAGAUCCUGAGGCACGUGCUAAGGGACGAGGUAAAGAAACAGCAGCGUCUUGCCGCGGAGGUGGCCCUUCGUCUCGAACUCGAACCAGAAACUUCUACCGACGACGUGACCAAGAACGGCCAAGUACUGAAGACCCGUGUGGACUCGGGAGCUUGCACGUCUCCGCAGUAA